AUGAAAUACCUAGAGGCUAGUCUGCCUGACUUGCAGCGACCAGAUGAUAUAUCAAACGAUGUCGUCUACCUUUCAGCUUGCUACGAGGAGAAACUCAAUGGAAAAUCGAAGGCUAUAGAAUUACUCAGGUCGACCCUAGGACGCCCAGAAAUCAGCUCAGCUCCUAUGGACCAAGCAAUUAGAUUAGAGGCCCGAUUCAGGUGCAGGAUUUCAUCCCUACUCUGUGGAGUGUCGCCUCCUCAACCCAUAGAAGCUCAAGACGAAGUGGUUAAAGCCGCGGAGCUAUUGGGAAGAUUUGAAAUUGUGGGUCAUCCUUAUGAGAAACUCAUCCCGUACAUGAUCACGCGGUGUCGUGGUAAAAUUGCUCUUGUGCACGCUGCGAAUAGCGACUCUAAAGAAGCUGACGAACUCCUCCGCGAAUCAGAAAUUGAGGUACUAGAGUACUGCAGUCGGCUCAAAGAUAUCAAGACACCAUCUAAUGCUUAUAACAAUCGAAAAAUUGGCCUAUUGUCCCUGCUUGGGCAGGUCUAUAUGGCACAGGCAGCACGUGGACAGCCUAAAGUAAAAAAACAUUAUAACUUUUGCAGGCAUUAUAGCGGCGAUCUCAGUACAUGGGCUCUAAGGGCUUUACAUGAGCUGGCUGAAUGUCUGCGGGAGAAAGGACGAUACCACGACAUGGAGGUGCUACUGAAGGUUCUGACGUCUAACUCGGACAUAGCGGAGCAUCAAGGCUAUAGAUCUUUUGAGUUGGGUGCUAAUGGAACAGGGAAAGUUGCAAGACGCAAUGGAUAUCUGUGAAACAUUCUACCCGGCCAUGGAAAAGGUUUGUGGUGAAGGUCAUCGUUGCACUGUGGAUGUUAGAAAGCGGCAGUCCGCGCUGAGGGUGGCUAUUGAUCGGCAGUGGGAUAAGAUGAAUUGG